ACUGACACCCUGUAACUGUGUUUAGGCAACAUGUCUAAAGGUCCUGCAGUCGGCAUUGAUCUCGGGACCACCUACUCCUGCGUGGGUGUGUUCCAGCAUGGCAAGGUUGAAAUCAUUGCCAACGACCAGGGUAACAGGACCACUCCAAGCUACGUUGCCUUCACAGACUCAGAGAGGCUCAUUGGUGAUGCCGCCAAGAAUCAGGUUGCCAUGAACCCCUGCAACACAGUAUUUGGUAUGUUUUUAAAGUUCGGAUAUUUUGUCAUUAAAUUGGUGAACUUUAAUUUGAAAUUGUUUUGUUAGUUGUAUAGUGCGCCAAAGGGCAGACGCUCUUAUCCAGAGCGACUUACAGGAGCAAUUAGGGUUAAGUGCCUUGCUCAAGGGCACAUCGACAGAUUUUUCACCUAGUCGGCUCGGGGAUUAGAACCAGCGACCUUUCGGUUACUGGCACAAUGCUCUUAACCACUAAGCCCCUUUUCAUUGAAGUUUAUUUCUGACAGUUGUCGUUUCCACCAGAGGUUAAGGCAAGGUGUCCCAAACCCUUCCUUGGAUGGCUUUAAGUGUAAUCUAACUGGUUAGUCUUUUAUUAGAUGCCAAGAGACUGAUUGGCCGCAGGUUUGAUGAUGGAGUUGUUCAAUCGGAUAUGAAGCAUUGGCCGUUCGAAGUGAUCAAUGAUUCUACUCGACCAAAGCUCCAAGUUGAAUACAAAGGAGAGACUAAGUCAUUCUACCCAGAAGAAAUUUCCUCCAUGGUUCUGGUCAAGAUGAAGGAGAUUGCAGAAGCCUACCUUGGAAAAGUAAGAAUUUAAAAUGUGCAAACUGUCAAAUUGACUUAUACAUGUUUAUUUCCUUUAACUCGGAACAGGAUGGUGUAGUUUUUAGUUUGCCAUGAUUCGUCAGUUUCUGAUAACAUCACUCCCUAUUAUUGAAAUGUAUUGACAUUUUCUUUCCCUAGACUGUCAACAAUGCAGUUGUUACCGUGCCUGCUUACUUCAACGACUCCCAGCGCCAGGCAACCAAAGAUGCUGGCACCAUCUCAGGCCUGAAUGUACUGCGUAUCAUCAAUGAGCCAACUGCUGCUGCCAUUGCCUACGGCUUGGAUAAGAAGGUAAAUGGCUUGCUAUGAUCGUUAUACUGUUGAAAAGGACUGCAAUGCAGUGAUUAUUCGCUGUGAUGAAGUAUACUCCUGCCAUUCGUAGUUUCCACCAGAGGUUGAAAGACCAAAGAUGGCCCAACACCUUCCUUGGAUGUCUGAGCGACGAUCUAGCUGUGUCAGAUUGGUUCUUGAUUGUACAUCCUCAUUGCAAAUACUGAAUAUCCUCUCCUGUCUCAGGUUGGUGCUGAAAGGAAUGUCCUGAUCUUUGAUCUUGGUGGCGGCACUUUUGAUGUGUCCAUCCUGACCAUCGAGGAUGGCAUCUUUGAGGUCAAGUCCACUGCUGGAGACACCCAUCUGGGUGGAGAAGACUUUGACAACCGCAUGGUCAACCACUUCAUUGCAGAGUUCAAAAGGAAGUACAAGAAAGAUAUCAGUGACAACAAGAGAGCUGUUCGCCGUCUCCGCACCGCCUGUGAGAGGGCAAAGCGCACCCUGUCCUCCAGCACCCAGGCCAGCAUCGAGAUUGACUCUCUGUACGAGGGAAUCGACUUCUACACCUCCAUCACCAGAGCUCGCUUUGAGGAACUCAAUGCAGACCUUUUCCGUGGCACCCUGGACCCAGUGGAGAAAUCCCUCCGCGACGCCAAGAUGGACAAGGCCCAGGUCCACGACAUCGUCCUGGUCGGAGGCUCCACUCGUAUCCCCAAGAUCCAGAAACUGCUCCAAGAUUUCUUCAACGGCAAAGAGCUCAACAAGAGCAUCAACCCCGACGAGGCUGUGGCCUAUGGCGCAGGUGGGUCACUGAUCAUCUUGUGUUCACUCUGGCCGACGGGCUGCUAGAACUAGUUACGCUGCGACAUAUAUUUUUUUCUUCUCUGCCAUUUGUAGUGUCCACCAGAGGUCGAAAGACCAAAGAUGGCCUAACCCCUUUCUUGGAUGUCUGAGAAACAAUGUUACUGUGGCUCUACAGUGAUGUUUUUACAUGAGUCUAACCUCUCCAUUCUCAUUUGCAGCUGUCCAGGCAGCCAUCCUCUCAGGUGACAAGUCUGAGAAUGUCCAGGACCUGCUUCUGCUGGACGUCACCCCACUGUCCCUAGGUAUUGAGACCGCUGGAGGUGUCAUGACCGUCCUGAUCAAACGGAACACCACCAUCCCAACCAAGCAGACCCAGACCUUCACCACCUACUCAGACAACCAGCCCGGUGUGCUCAUUCAGGUGAGAAAGGGCAUGCAUGGCAUUUCAAAACAAUGUUUCCUGACUUCUUUGGCCACUCGCUGUGAUGAAGUUUACUCCUGUCAUUCGUAGUUUCCACCAGAGGUUGAAAGACCAAAGAUGGCCCAAUACCUUCCUUGGAUGUCUGAGCGACUAUUAAUUAAAUGUACUUCUCGUUUGAAGACCAUGUAUGUUUUGCUAAUAUAGACUGUAUCCCCCAGGUGUACGAGGGUGAGAGGGCUAUGACCAAAGACAACAACCUGUUGGGCAAGUUUGAGCUGACUGGAAUCCCCCCUGCACCUCGCGGUGUUCCUCAGAUUGAGGUCACCUUCGACAUUGAUGCUAAUGGCAUCAUGAACGUGUCUGCAGCUGACAAGAGCACUGGCAAGGAGAACAAGAUCACCAUCACCAACGACAAGGGUAAGUUUGUGAGACCAGUAAAUGGGCUACAAUUACUAGCCCUAACCCAAUAGGUUCGCUGUGAUGAAGUUUAUUCCUGCCAUUCGUAGUUUCCACCAGAGGUUGAAAGACCAAAGAUGGCCCAAUACCUUCCUUGGAUGUCUGAGCGACAACGAUAGUAGUUUUGAAUCUACAACGAUGUACAGUUGGGUCAUUUUUUAUACUUUGGUUGAUUUGAUUGUAUUUUGCCAUCAGGUCGUCUGAGCAAGGAGGACAUUGAGCGCAUGGUCCAGGAGGCUGAGAAGUACAAGUGUGAGGAUGAUGUGCAGCGUGACAAGGUUUCCUCCAAGAACUCACUGGAGUCCUAUGCUUUCAACAUGAAGUCUACUGUGGAGGAUGAGAAACUGCAGGGCAAGAUCAGUGAUGAGGAUAAGACCAAGAUUCUGGAGAAGUGCAACGAGGUCAUCGGUUGGCUUGACAAGAACCAGGUAAGAAUUGAUUUGGUGUGCCUUGUACAGUCUUGGCCCACUCGCUGUGAUGAAGUUUACGCCUGCCAUUCGUAGUUUCCACCAGAGGUUGAAAGACCAAAGAUGGCCCAAUACCUUCCUUGGAUGUCUGAGCGACCUAAGUGAAAUAUCUCAUUUGCAGGCAAUUUAAUAUUUUGCUAAUGUUGCCAAUCUGUUUAAUUUUCUUUAGACUGCUGAGAAGGAAGAGUAUGAACACCACCAGAAGGAGCUGGAGAAGGUUUGCAACCCAAUAAUCACCAAGUUGUACCAGGGUGCUGGUGGUAUGCCCGAAGGCAUGGCUGGUGGAUUCCCCGGAGCUGGUGGCGCUGCUCCUGGAGGCAGUGGAUCAUCUGGACCAACUAUUGAGGAAGUCGACUAA